UUGCUUCCAGUUACUGCUUGAAAAAAGGGACAUGCAAGAGGCUGGCAGGGCCGCGGAGCCACACGUCUAGACAGCGGAAACCUGCACCCUUUCCGAGAUGGGCAGCGGCGCCCAAAGAGAAAGGACGAGAAUUUGAACAUUACAGCUACAAAACAUGCUCGGUGUGUUGCUCUUGGACGUCCAAAUGGAAGAGUUAUUCCAUGUUUGAAAUGUGGGAGAUGGUGGCGUUAACGAGCGCGAGCUCUCCCUUCCUGUCGUCUAGGACAAGAUGGCAGCAGUGCAGGCGAACUGUGUGUGGUAUGGAUUUAUAAGUCCAUAGCAUGCUCAGAGAAGCCCUGGAUUUGACUUAAAGCGACUCUAUGUGAAGGUAUGGCCUCACAAGUCUUGGUCUACCCACCACACAUUUAUCAAACCCAGACAAGUGCCUUUAGCAGUGUGAAGAAACUCAAAGUCGAGCCCAGCAGCUGUGUGUACCAUGAGAGGGCACACCCGCGGACUUAUCUGAACAGCAGAACCCUUGGCAUUGUUCACCCAACUAAACAAGCCUGCUCGUUUGUGAAUCGAGACUUGGCAGUGGGCCUGAAAGUACGUGGAGGACAGCAGUACCCAGUGCAGACAGUGGUGGUUCGUGGUGUGCAAAGACAACACCCCGGUAAAAGAGGCGGGGGAGCAGGCCCACUUGUGGCCCAGGGGCAACCGGAGGCAGGGGCUGUCCACUCGCAGGGCAAGGAGCAGCAGCAUCAGACAGUUGAAGAAAGUGGGAGCAGCAGUGGAUCAACAGGAGCAGGAGGAGGGGGAAGGGGAGAGGGCUGCAGUGGAGGAGUUGAAGGAGGAGGAGGAGGGGAGGAGGGUGACAGAGAGGAGAACUGUGAAGGUUUGAACUCCGCUGACAGCUCUCAGAGAUGUGGGCUGAAACGUAAAAGUGAGGAGCUGGAUAACCGAGGGAGCACCAUGCAGAUUGUGGAGGAACUGUCAAUGUUGCCCGCCAUGUUGCAAACGACGAAUGUGGGGAAUGCAGCCGUAACAGCACCGGCGGCUGUUGGGGCUGGAGGAGGCCCCUCCAAACAGGGUGUAGGACACGGAGGUGUAGGUGUUACAGGAGGUACAGGAGGAGGGGAUGGGGACUAUCAGGUAGUACAGCAUGAAGUCCUGUGUUCCAUGAAGAAUACUUAUGAAGUUCUGGAUUUUCUGGGGCGUGGCACAUUCGGUCAGGUAGUCAAGUGCUGGAAGAGGGGAACAGGUGAGGUAGUGGCCGUGAAGAUCCUGAAGAACCAUCCUUCAUAUGCCCGGCAGGGGCAAAUAGAGGUUGGGAUCCUCGCUCGUCUGAGCGGAGAGAACGCAGAUGAGCACAACUUGGUGCGAGCCUUUGAAUGCUUCCAGCACCGCAGCCACACUUGCCUAGUAUUUGAGAUGCUUGAGCAGAACCUGUAUGAUUUCCUGAAACAGAGUAAGUUCAGCCCGCUCCCUCUAAAAGUGAUCAGACCUAUACUACAGCAAGUAGCCACAGCUCUGAAGAAGUUGAAGAGCAUGGGUCUAAUACACGCAGACCUGAAGCCGGAGAACAUAAUGCUGGUGGACCCAGUGAGGCAGCCCUACAGGGUGAAGGUGAUUGACUUUGGCUCAGCCAGUCACGUAUCCAAAGCAGUGUGUUCAACGUACCUCCAGUCUCGGUACUAUAGGGCUCCAGAGAUUAUUUUGGGACUACAGUUUUGUGAAGCCAUAGACAUGUGGUCCCUAGGCUGCGUGAUGGCAGAACUUUUUCUGGGCUGGCCUCUUUACCCUGGGGCCCUGGAGUACGACCAGAUUCGCUACAUCUCACAGACACAAGGUUUACCUGGAGAGCAUUUACUGAACGUGGGGACGAAGACAGCACGGUUCUUUUGCAAAGAAUCCGAUUCACCUUAUGCAGCAUGGAGGCUGAAGUCAACAGAUGAGCACGAAACAGAGACUGGAAUGAAAUCAAAGGAAGCAAGGAAGUACAUCUUCAGCUGUUUGGACGACAUAGUGCACGUGAACUUGAUGAUGAAUCUGGAAGGUAGUGACUUGUUAGCAGAAAAGGCCGACCGUCGGGAGUUUGUGGGCCUGCUGAAGAAGAUGCUGCUGAUUGAUGCAGAGGAGAGGAUUGCCCCCGUUGAAGCUCUCGUCCACCCGUUUGUGACGAUGCAACACCUGCUCGACUUCCCGCACAGCAGCCAUGUGAAGUCUUGUUUCCAUAUCAUGGAUGUUUGCUGGACUCGCCCCGGUGCGUUCGAGGCUGCCAACCGAAACAAAGGGCCUUUCGUUAGGCCUGUAAAUACCCCUUCUGCCUCAGCCAACCACCCCUUCAGCAAGAUCCCAGCGGUCCACCCUCAAGGGUUGGUUCCAUCAGCGCCCUCUGUAAUGCACCCCGGUAUACCACUGCAGGCUGGUAGUGGUCAGUUUGGAUGUAGUGAGUCGUUUCAGCAGGCUCUCAUUCUGUGUCCCCCAGCAAUACAAGGUAUUCCCACUAACACAGCAAAGCCCGCUGGCUACCCUGUGCGGAUGGAGGCCUCUGUACCCCUAGUCACCCAAGCUCCUUCAAUUCAGCAAAUACAAAUCCGACCUGGAGUCAUCACGCAGGCCUGGUCGAGCCAUGCACAGCAGAUCUUGGUGCCCACUUGGCAGCAGGUGACAUCUGUGCCCCCACAACCAACCACUCUGGCAUCAGACACUGUGACAGGCUCUCAGAGGAUAGGUGACUGGGGGAAAGUGCGUCCCCAUGGUAACCAUUACAGCUCUAUGAUUGCACACCCUCAGCCAUUCUUAACCAACCAAAUGACCAUGCCCACCCACCAGCCAGUCAACAUCGGCAUUGCACAUGUGGUGUGGCCGCAGCCAGCUGCAAACAAGAGAGCAAAACCGUGUGUGAACAGGGGGAGGAACACCUCCCAUAACACAGGCAUCCAAAACUUAGCAUGCCAGUCCCCAAAGAUGGCCGAUACAGCAAAGAAUGUUGAAGAAAUAGAGGAGGAGGCCAGAUGUCCAGAGGAAGGGCACUCUGUGGGAGGGAGGCAAGUCGCUGAGGAUGAGAAUUGCUGUAAAGUGGAGCCAGACUGCGAGGAGCUCUCCGUUUCACAGGAGCAGCGGCAGGCCAUGGUGAUCUCUGACCUUGCCAGCCCGGCUGUUAGUGUCAUCAGCAUCAGCAGCGAUGAGGAGGAGGAUGAUGCACAGAGACACUCGAUGGGGGAAUGUAAAGGUAGUGCAGAUUGUGAGGCAUGUCAGAGCACCGUCAGUAUGGAGAGGGUGUGUUCUCUCAGCAGCCCAGACAGUACGCUCAGCACCAGCUCCUCGGCCCAGUCCAACUCCCCGUGCAAACACCCCAACAGCAUGUCAGACGACGAGCAGGAGAGCAGCUGCGACACGGUGGACAGCUCGCCUGCAUCGCGAGCGUCCGGCCACAGCAACAGUCCCUUUACAGAGCGGCGAUACAUUGCCGACAGCAACCAGAACUGCGAGCCUCGUGUUGCUUGCGUCGCCCCGGAAACCGAGCCCAGCAAGCCAACAGUUCGCACUGUUGUGGUGCCACCGAUGCGCGUGCAAAACAAUAACAACUGUGGCGUCAUCGAAGCGCCUGGUAACACAGGGCACGUGGCCUGGGAUUAUGCUGUGUUAGUAGGCCACAGAGGUUUUCACAGUCUUAGAGUCUUCGUGCCAGACCAAAGGGCGAGGCGUUCCUGGGCGACUGCACCACCACUCCACCCCGCUCCUCAACAGGCCCCAGAGAAUCACCUCCGUGUUUCAGCCCCAGCAACAGCAACCUAUUGGCUUUGGGCAGGUGCAGCAUUUUGGUUCCUGCCACCAGGAAUGGAACGGAAACUUUACCAACCGCCGACCGCAAGCCUACAUCCCUCCUACCAUGCACGGCCACCCUUUUACCCUCUCCCACAGCAGCCCCAACCACACAACAGGCCCCCACCCCCACCUUUCUGGGCACUCCCAGCCUACCUUAUUGUCGUACCCUCCAUCUGGUCCGCUGGUCCCGACUGCCCCUGUGGCCCACCUCCUGGCCUCCCCUGGGGCCUCCCGUCCUGUCCUCCAGCCCACCUACAGCAUCUCACACCCGGCAGGCAUUGUGCAUCAGGUGGCUGUGGGUAUCAACCCGCGGCUGCUGCCCUCCCCCACUUUACACCCGCAGGGCCAAUUCAAGCCUCUUUUCCCCCCUCACUCUUACAUCGCCUCGCCUGCUUACGGCAGUUUCCCUCUCAGCCCUACCAAAAUAAACCAGUACCCCUACAUCUGAGUGUGGCUGCUCUGGUACAUUUUCUACCACCUGGGGGCUAAAAAAUAUAAAAAGGACAAAAUCUAUCUCAAAACCACAAACAACAUGGCUUUCAGGUCUGAAAACCAGGGCACAACCACAGAGAACGCAAGCUAUUUUUUGAAUCAUGUAGACUUGGGUGUAAAUGAACGAAGCUUUAAAAAAAAGAAAGAAAAACUUCAAAUGAUGGCGACGAUUUGGCAAAAAUCAAGAAAGGAAUAAUGUAUGAAUGACAGACUGAAAGAAUGAAUGAGUCAUCAGCUCACACCUAAUGUGUUUUGCACAUUUGAUAUACCUUUGCAUUGGAUCUUCUACGAAUACUCCUCAAGACAGGUUAAUAAUAAAGGUGUUGUGGAAUCGUUAGAACCCCCCUCCUGCUGGUCCCAGCUAUUUUUCUACAUUGCCUUCUUAUGUGUGCAAGACACUUUGACAUUUGUAAAGCCAUCUCAGUCUCUAGGUCUAGAUCGACAGAUGCACACGUCGUCCACAGUGUACAUUGUACCGCGUUUGAAGUAUUUGUACCUUUUCGGUGUCUUUUUGGUGUUCGCAAUGUCAAGUCAAAUAUCAGAUUUAACUAGGGUUGUUCCUCACGCUGCAUGUGGUCUUGCAUGAGCAAAAAUGUAAACGGAAAGAUGCAUAGACGUUGCUCUUAUUGUUCGUGUCACAGGACUCGCUGCAUUGUAUAACUGUCCUCAGCCAUAGUGCCUUACAUAUUUGAGGUUGUUAUUGUUAACUACUUAUAUAUGACAAUAUACAUGAAUAUUAAUGUACUGGACUGCAGCACUUGAAAUUCCAAUCAGUCGAUGCAUCCUAUGUGUGAGUAUGUAUAUGCACAUGUGUAUAUGUCCAUGCAUAGCCUGCAUGGAUGUGAUCUAUAUUAUCGCGGACAGCGGUGCUUCUCUUUUUGUUUUUUGGAGUCUGUGCAUAUUUCUGUCUGUAGUGAGUUUCUCUUCUGUUCUCUAGAACAGCUUGCGUUGCUGUUUGCGAAUGCCUGCUGUUUCCUUACAAAAAAACUUUUUCCUCCUUUCAGUUUCCGAAUGAACUAGUGUACAAAGUGCAAGUACUGAGUGUUGCUUAAUAUUUGAUAAUCACUUUCUAUUUAGUGAAACUCUCACUACUAACAGUAUUUGUACUGUUUAAAAACUGCAAUACAAUCUAAAUAGUUGUCGAUUAUAUUCGUUUUUGUUUCUUUUUAUUUGAUUUUUCGUCUUUCCGCUUUCAUUUCGAGUGUUUUCACCUUUAAUUGUAGAUGUUUAGAAGUGUGAAGGGCAUGGCUUUGAUUAGGUAAGAUUUAACAAAAAAAUCGCAAAUUAAUUUACGGUAUGGAAUCUUCUUAGCCUGAGCAAACCAUGCAGUAUUUGAUAUACACACACAUAUAUGGACAUAUAUUAUAGAGCUAGACUAUUUAGUACAGAUGCUUGAUACGGUGUGAGUUAAUUGUGUGCAAUUCCCUCAUUUAUGCAUGUGUGACAAAGUUAACUUUUCCCUUUUUACGUCACACCAUUUGUUAAAGGCUGAAGGCUUAUCAACUGCUUCUUUUAUACAUUCCAUCAGGGAGGAGAUAUAUAUAUAUAUAUAUAUAUAUAUAUAUAUAUAUAUAUAUAUAUAUAUAUAUAUAUAUAUAUAUAUGCUGUGUGUGCAUUUUCUUUGUUCAUUUAGCAGUUAUGUGCGUACUGUUUUUUUCUCAUCUUUUGAUUUUCAAAUGAAGUUGCUUGUGCAGCACCAAAGACUGUAAUUCAUUUCCCGAGCAAGGUAGCUAUACUUGUUUGCGUAGGCCUCGGUCGUACUAUAGUCGUAGGAUGGGGUUUCAUUAAAAACAAUAACAAAAAAAUGUUAUAUUUAAAGAAAAAAACAAAUAGAAAAAGAAACAUUCAAUGUUCUGUCUAGCCUUUUGGGCAUUUAAUGAGUCGUAUCAUUUCUUUCUUGAAUGUAUCAUAGAUAAGCUGCUAUAUGAUAAUUGCCACUUCAAUAGCUGUGAAAUUAGGUGAUUUCUCUCUGAGUUGGAACCUAGCGCUUUGUGUUGGUCCCUAAUUAUCUGAAAUAGAAGUGGGUUUGAUUUCUGUGUUUGCGUUCUUAUUUGGAGUGUCACUGUAACUACUGUAUUGCUGACGAUGAACAUUUUAGUUGCGUUCGUUGUUCCUCGGGGUGCGUGCGUUUCUUUGUGUGUGGUUUUUUUGGCAUCAGUAUUUUAACCCUUAUAUUAACUUUUCGGGCUCGUCGCUUCAUAUAAACGAUGUUUAUCGGUGUAACUUAAUUAUUAUUAAUUUUUGUACGUUUUCAUGUUUGUUUCGUACUCAUCUGAAGCUGUAGCUUGCAGGUUUGAUUUAACUUUCUCGUUGUUCGGAUAUUGCGUACUAUUUUUGUGAGUUAUAGGAGCACUGUGAGAUGCCAUAAAACAAAAAAAUCCAUCGUAUCUCUUCUGUAAUGUUUCCACAGGUCACACACAAACGCACUUGCCACUAAGCACUUAAAUAAUGAAGCUUGGAAAUAUUUGAAUGAUAAAUUUACCCCCACAAUUUUUUUGAACUCUUCCGCUACCUUUGUUCGAUGUUUGAUGAUCAGUUUGAUGAUUUAAACGGCCUUGUGUCCAGAUCGCUCUCCCCUUUAUGAGUGUUUCAUAGCAAAAUGUUUCGUCAGUGCAAAGCAGCGGCCAUUGAUGUGUGUUCUUUAUUGAAAUUCAGUGUAAGCAGCACUGCGCAUGUGUGCCUUGAGAUUCAGAGGAAUAAGGAAUUCAGUAUAGAAGAAGACAAAACAAAGAAGAAACCAACGAAUAGUUAAUGUAGGCCACGAGGAGCCAAAAAAUACUCAAAACAGUCCUUUUAUCGGAUUCAGUCCAGAGAAUUUGGCGCCUGAUCGGCUCAGAUGACAAAGCCUCGCUGUGAGGACUGGAACACAGUUGGAUGUUCAAUGAUACGACACUCUGAGUCGCUCUGGCUGAACAGCAGAUGCAAUACUUUACAUUGUGCGGUCAUUGCACCACAAAGUGUUCUUAGGUGACCUCCAUGCUUUACGUUAGCUUGCAUGAACACAUAACGUCACUUCACCGUGUUGUGUCGCGCAUACAAAAGCGGGAGGAACCGGAGCGCAGCUGACAUCACCGGAGUCAGUCUGGAUGUUUAUUUCCUGCUCUGGAUGGAAGAGAGAUUGUAAUUCCUCUGUCAACGACUGCAAAAGCUCACAUGUAAACAUCGACCCUGUUGUUUUUAAAUAGCUUCUGUUUUUAUUUAUUUUUAAUCACUGGUCUCAUUAAAAUUUCACUUUGGAAAAAUGAGUUUAUUGUGAAGAGGCAUGAGCUCUGCAGGUUAAUGCUAGCGAUAGUUCACCAAUAAUGAUAAGCAUGUGAAAUGUAAUCCUGUCUUUAGAUCCCCUCAAAGGUAUUCACCAGCAAUGCGCCUGCAUCAACUCUCCCAAACUUAUAAGAAUGGAUGCAAGAGGAGAGAAACCUGUCAAAUGUUUUGAGUUUUUUAAAGUGAUCGGCACGUUGAAUCGUGGAUACUUUGAGGAUUACUGUAAGAUUUAGCAGAAUAAAAUGUUGUUUUGUAAUCUACGGUUGUUGAAAUCGAGGCUUUGAUAUCAGAAGAAAAUCCUUUAGAGAUCUUAAUUCAGGGUCUGUAAUUGUCUAAAUGUGCUUCAGUGUGAUGCUUUGAUUUAAUCAGAUAAGGUUUGUUUCUAACCAAAAACUGCUCAUUGCGAGUCUUCUGGUCAUCUGCCAGUUCCAGAGUUAAUUCACGCUGCAAGUUAUGGAAUCAUCUGUUCAGACUGCAUCAUCGAUUACACUUCAUCAUGGAAUCGGAACUGUUACCCUUUUAAAACCUGUAGAUUUUUGUGGCUUUGUUUUGUUAUGUUUUCGUUUCAGUUGCUUAUUUUAUUAUUAUUUUUAUUUUGUGCUACACUAGUUUGCCAUGUAGCAAUUGCACUGUGCAAUAUUUACAGUAUGAGGACUGGGAAAACUAACUCUAUGGAUGUGAUGUCUCUUACACUUUGCGAUAGUGUUUCCUCUCUAGUUCUCAGUAAUUUAGGUGUGACCAAGCCUUCUCUACUUUGUCACAUUAAGCGGGUUUUCCAGGUGACUCUUUUGGUGAGUGUCAAAAUAAGACUAUGGUGUAUUAUUGUUAAGAUUCACUUUGAAUUAAAAAAAUCUAUUGAUGCAA